AUGCGUCAUACUGCAGACACUGAGUCGGCAGCAGCGCUUUCAGCAGCAACAACGCUCAGUCUGCGAGACCGGAUGGACGCUACAGAAGCAUUGACCGAUUGUCGUACGCCUUUCCAAGAUAUUGUGGGCUUGGCUAAGGACCGGUUUGCAAGUUUGGGGGAAGACAUGCGCUUUUCGGAGGUCUUUGCUGAGGUAGAGUUGCAACAAAACGGCAAUGGUUUGAUGAAUCAUAACUCGGAGGUCAACAAGCUGUUAAAUCCUGCCAGCGAUGGUCGUAACCCAAUUCCGGAAACCGAAAAAAGCAAUUCGAGUCCGCAAAGCCGCAGACUUCUAGAACAAAGCAAUGGCUACAGAAUUCACUCUUGUUAUGAUAUGAUAACAGGCGUCGGGGUGGUACACGUGGACGCAAGACGAGAGGGGGGUGCAGGAGCAAGGCAAAAGCGCAAACCAACGACCAAGAGGCGGAGAUGUACUCGAAAUCAUCCUACCAAUCCCUUGCAGUCUGCGGCCAUAGUAGCAAAGCAAAAUGCGCCAAGUGUCACAGAAACGCAGGCAACUGGAACAAGUUCAACAUGGCAGAGCUCGGACACCCUUUUGAGGAAGAAAGCUGCCCCGUGUACCGACCUCGAGCCGGCAAAUACUGUCCCAACGUCAUGCUCGGUAGGGAAAUGCACAUCUGCUGGCAGGCCCAGAGAACACUCUAUGCCGGAAAGCCCAGCCCUGGGACUUCUCCAACCAGCCGUUGGCAACAUCACAGAUGGCUUUACUCCAAGCUCUCGAAAGCAGCACAACAAGCAAGGCGCACGGCGACAGGAUGAGGCCAAAAGUAGGCAAGAUAAGAAUACUCCUGCAAGUAGAGAAUCCUUGAGAACAAAUAUCGAGAGCAUGCCAGGGAUCGAUGAGAAUAUCCAGGACCUCAUUGCUACAUAUUUGGUCAAGGCUCAGAAUGUAAGAACUCCAGAUAGCGACAUGAAAGCAGGAUCAUCGACAAAAUCCGUUCCCGAGAGCUCCAAAGACUAA